CAACAAGACUUGACCGUCAUAUUUAAAACAUCACGCCGUCUUCACGGUCCCUCCAUCACCUCCGUCUUCUUCCUCCCGAAGAAAAGCAGCAGCGACAUAGUGAGAGAGAGAGAGAGAGAGAGAGAGAGAGAGAACGCAGAGCGGAGGGCGAAAGAAGAAAAUGAUGCAGUUGCUCGGCUUCCGCGGGGGAUCCGCAGCAUCCUCCCCUUCGUCGUCGACGGGAAAGGAGAUGGAGCCGUCGCCCACAUCGGACCCACGAGGCCCUAGCUCGAGUGUCGCUGUCGCCUCGCCGGAGCCCGGACGCCCUCUCCGCCUUGUCUACUGCGAUGACAAAGGCAAGUUCCGGAUGGACCCGGAGGCUGUCGCCGCCCUUCAGCUCGUCAAGGGCCCUAUUGGCGUUGUCUCCGUUUGCGGCCGCGCCCGCCAAGGCAAGAGCUUCAUCCUCAACCAGCUUUUGGGCAGAAGUAGUGGAUUUCAAGUAGCUUCAACUCAUCGACCGUGCACUAAAGGGCUUUGGAUGUGGAGCACACCAUUAAAGCGAACUGCUCUUGAUGGAACCGAGUACAAUCUUUUGCUACUGGACAGUGAAGGAAUUGAUGCCUAUGACCAGACAGGCUCAUACAGUACAAAGAUAUUCUCUUUAGCUGUUCUGUUGUCAAGCCUGUUCAUCUACAACCAGAUGGGUGGUAUUGAUGAAGCUGCACUUGAUCGUCUAUCUCUUGUCACUGAAAUGACUAAACAUAUUCGUGUUAGAGCAUCUGGUGGAAGAUCCACGGUAUCUGAGCUUGGACAAUUUUCUCCAGUAUUUGUGUGGUUAUUGAGGGACUUCUAUUUAGAUCUUGUAGAGGAUAACAGAAAGAUCACCCCUCGUGAGUAUCUAGAAUUAGCCUUAAGGUCUGUGCAAGGUGGUGGGAGAGAUAUAUCAGCUAAGAAUGAGAUUCGGGAGUCUAUUCGCACUUUAUUCCCUGAUAGGGAAUGCUUUACGCUUGUGCGGCCACUGAACAAUGAAAACGACCUUCAACGUCUUGAUCAAAUUCCUUUAGAUAGAUUAAGACCUGAAUUUAGAUCAGGUUUGGAUGCAUUGUUGAAGUACAUUUUCAUGCGAACCAGACCAAAACAAGUAGGUGCAACUGUAAUGACAGGCCCCAUUCUUGCUGGUAUUACACAGUCAUUCUUGGAUGCCAUUAACAGUGGUGCUGUGCCUACAAUAUCUUCUUCAUGGCAGAGUGUUGAAGAAGCAGAGUGUCGGAAAGCUUACGAUUCUGCUGCUGAGAUUUAUAUGUCCUCCUUUGAUCGCUCAAAACCGCCAGAUGAGACUGUUCUAAGAGAAACACAUCAAGAAGCUGUUGAAAAGGCUCUCAAUGCAUUCAAUUCUGGUGCUAUUGGGAGUGGAUUAGCGCGUCAGAAUUAUGAGAAGCUUCUCCAGAAUUUCUUUAAAAAGGCCUUUGAGGACUACAAAAGAACAGCUCUUUUGGAGGCAGAUUUGCAUUGCUCUAAAGUAAUCCAGGGCAUGGAGACGAAGUUGCGAGCAGCUUGUCAUGCUCCUGAUGCAAAACUUGAUGAUGUGAUUCAGCUCUUGGGCAGUUUGCUAGUUGGCUUCGAGUCAUCUACUCAUGGUCCAGGGAAGUGGAAAAAGUUGGCUGCCAUCCUGCAACAAAGUUUGCAGGGACCAAUUUUGGACUUAUUCAGAAGGCAAUUAAAUUGUGUUGAAUCAGAAAGGAACUCACUGAAGUCUAGAUGCAGCUUAAGUGAGGACAAACUGGAUUUGCUUAAGAAGCAACUUGAGGCAAAUGAAAAGCACAGAUCUGAAUAUUUAAAACGCUAUGAGGAAGCUAUCAGUGACAAGGAAAAAAUAUCCAAAGAUUACACUGGUCGGAUUGCUGAUCUGCAGAGCAAAUAUAGCAAAUUAGAGGAACGCUGCUUGAGUUUGUCAAAUGCUUUGGAACUUGCUAGACGUGAAUCCUCUGAUUGGAAAAAUAAAUACAAUGGGAGCAGCAUAGAGCUAAAGGCUGAGGAAGACAAGUUCAAAGCUCAAGUUGCAGCUUUGCAGGCCAGAAUAGGUGCUGCUGAAGGAAGGUUAACUGCUGUUCGUGAACAGGCAGCAUCUGCUCAGGAAGAGGCAUUAGAGUGGAAGCGGAAAUAUGAUGUAGCAGUUGGAGAUGCUAAAACUGCUUUGGAGAGGGCAGCAGUUGCACAGGAACGCACAAAUAAGAAGGUACAAGCCAGAGAAGAUACUUUAAGAGCAGAAUUUGCUGAGCAACUAGCAAAGAAGGAUGAAGAAAUCAGAAACUUGACUGCAAAGAUCGACCAUUCUGAGAAGCAAGCAAAUACUUUGGUCCUGAGAACAGAGGCUGCCGAGGCAGAACUGAAAAGCCGUGAAUCAGAGUCCUCGGUUUUGAAAGAAGAAAUCCGACAUUUACUUGAAAAUUUAGAGUCUGUUAAAACCAUGGCUCAGUCACAUGAGAGACAAGUCAAAAUUCUAGAACAAGAAAAGAACCAUCUUCAGGAGAAAUAUCUCACUGAAUGUAAGAAAUUUGAUGAAACAGAUAAGAGGUGCAAGGAUGCUGAAAGGGAUGCAAGGAAAGCAACUGAGUUGGCUGAUGUAGCUCAUGCAGAGGUCGUGGCAGCUCAGAAAGAAAAGAGUGAAUUUCAAAGGUUGGCAAUGGAAAGAUUGGCACUAAUUGAAAAAGCUGAGAGACAGGUUGAGAACCUGGAAAGAGACAGGAACAAGCUGAUUGAUGAAAUUGAGGGGCUUCGUCAAUCAGAAAUUUAUGCGAUUGACAAGGCUGCGUUACUUGAGUCAAGAGUCCAAGAGCGAGAAAAAGAAAUAGAGGAGAUGUUGAGUCAGAGCAAUGAGCAGAGGUCCAACACAGUCCAGGUUCUUGAGAGUCUUCUGGCAACCGAGCGAGCAGCUCGUGCAGAGGCUAAUAACAGGGCGGAGUCCUUAUCCUUGCAGCUACAAGUAACUCAAGGCAAACUAGAUUCUCUCCAACAGGAGUUGACAUCUGUUCGGCUCAAUGAAACUGCACUUGAUACCAAGUUGAGGAAUUCUCGGGGGAAACGCCCGAGAGUGGAUGACAACAUUGGUACGGAGUCGGUCCAUGAUAUGGACAUCGACGAAGAGGUUGCCAAGGGUAGAAAGCGGUCCAAGAGUACCACAAGCCCGUUCAACUAUGCUCGGUCCGAAGAUGGUGGUUCAAUCUUUAGAGGGGAAGAAGAUAACAAUCCGAGUCAGGGAAAUCAAGAAUCUGAGACUGAAGAUUAUAAAAGGUUUACGGUGGUGAAACUCAAACAAGAGCUUACCAAGCAUGGAUUUGGCGCACAAUUGCUGGAGCUGAGGAAUCCCAACAAGAAGGAUAUUCUUGCAUUGUAUGAGAAGCAUGUCAUCCAUAAGUAGUAGCUGUUUUUAAACACUGGAUGUAUCUCUAAACGUUCUCUAAACGUACCUAACUUAGGUAGUCUCUCAGGUGGCGUGUGUGGGUCAUGAAUAGUUAGUUGUGUUGUUCUUUGGUUUCUGUAACGUGCAUCUUAAGCUUUUAUGAUGCAUGCAUCAAUUCUUUUGAGGAAGGUGUGUACAUUCAAAUCACGUUGCUU